CAGGAGAUAAAUCAGAGGCUGACGCUGAGCGACUUCCUUAUCAAGCCCAUUCAGAGAAUAACAAAAUAUCAGUUGCUCCUCAAGGACUUCCUGAGAUACAGCGAGAAGGCUGCUUUGGAAUGUUCAGAUAUCGAGAAAGCAGUGGAGUUAAUGUGCCUUGUUCCAAAACGCUGCAAUGACAUGAUGAAUCUGGGACGCCUGCAGGGCUUUGAGGGCACCCUGACAGCUCAGGGGAAGCUGCUUCAGCAGGACACGUUCUAUGUGAUCGAGCUGGAUGCAGGCAUGCAGUCCCGGACCAAGGAGAGGCGUGUGUUCCUCUUCGAGCAAAUUGUCAUCUUCAGUGAACUGCUCAGGAAGGGAUCUCUCACCCCAGGCUACAUGUUCAAAAGGAGCAUCAAGAUGAAUUACUUGGUCCUGGAGGAGAACGUGGACAAUGACCCCUGCAAGUUUGCACUGAUGAACAGGGAAACUUCUGAGAGGGUCAUUCUGCAGGCUGCCAAUGCUGACAUCCAGCAGGCCUGGGUCCAAGACAUCAGUCAAGUCUUAGAAACACAGCGAGACUUCUUGAAUGUGUGAAAGCCUGGAUAAGUCAUCUUGCUAACCAGCCUUGCACCAUUCAAAUGAGAGGUGAUCACUAACUCUAAAUUUCAGUUAUACCUUGAAACUUCACAGAACAAAUGGAUGACUAGGCAGACAAUGAGGUUCUCCAUGGACCACCGCCCACCCCCAGUCCCUCACAGGUGGCAGGAAUCAAAAUGAAGUGGCAUUGCUACCUUG